CCAGACCUCUCCAUCUUCUGGCUGCCCUGGGUGUCCGGCAAGCUCAGGACCCAGUGAUUGGCGCCUGCGCCUGCUGACCCAGACCGAGAACGCCACCCUCUUCCCCCGGGGAAUUUGGACAUUCCUUAGGACAGGGAUGUUGUAUUAUUGGUCUUUGUCUCCUCACAUAACGCCUGGCAUUCAAUAAAUGUUUGUUGAACUUGAAGAAACAUGUGGACAAUGAAUAUGCAACAGUAAGUUGAAGCCGUAUUGUGAAUGUUACUGAAUGGGAGAACAUCUUUGGUCCUACAGUUUUGCUGACACUGACAUUUUUCUAAGUGGUCUUGAAUAGCGUCUUUUUUACAUAAACAACUGGCUAGACCUUAUAUUUUUCUCUACAGAAGCCUAUAACCUACAGUUGCCAGAUAUUUAAACAUACUGCUUUUACGAUUUCAUCUACAUUUAACUGGAGACCUCUUCUCUUCUUAUCCCAAAAUGUUGAGAUACUGGGGAGAGAUACCAAUGUCAUCAAGCCAGACCAACAGAAGUUCCUUUGAUCUGCUUCCACGGGAGUUCCGUCUAGUAGAAGUUCAUGACCCACCCCUGCACCAACCCUCAGCCAAUAAGCCCAAGCCCCCCACUAUGCUGGACAUCCCCUCAGAGCCAUGCAGCCUCACCAUCCAUACCAUUCAGUUGAUCCAACACAACCGACGUCUUCGCAACCUUAUUGCCACAGCUCAGGCCCAGAAUCAGCAGCAGACAGAAGGUGUAAAGACUGAAGAGAGUGAACCUCUUCCUUCCUGCCCUGGGUCACCUCCUCUCCCUGACGAUCUCCUACCUUUAGAUUGUAAGAAUCCUAAUGCACUGUUCCAGAUCCGGCACAGUGACCCAGAGAGUGACUUUUAUCGUGGAAAAGGGGAACCUGUGACUGAACUCAGCUGGCACUCCUGUCGGCAACUCCUCUACCAGGCAGUAGCCACAAUCCUGGCCCACGCGGGCUUCGAAUGUGCUAAUGAAAGUGUUCUGGAGACCCUAACUGAUGUGGCACAUGAGUAUUGCCUUAAGUUCACCAAGUUGCUGCGCUUUGCUGUGGAUCGGGAGGCCCAGCUGGGACAGACUCCUUUCCCUGAUGUUAUGGAGCAGGUAUUCCAUGAAGUGGGUAUUGGCAGUGUGCUCUCCCUCCAGAAGUUCUGGCAGCACCGCAUCAAAGACUAUCACAGUUACAUGCUACAGAUUAGUAAGCAGCUUUCCGAAGAAUAUGAAAGGAUUGUCAAUCCUGAGAAAGCCACAGAGGACACUAAACCUGUGAAGAUAAAGGAGGAACCUGUGAGUGACAUCACCUUUCCUGUCAGUGAAGAACUGGAGGCUGACCUUGCUUCUGGGGACCAGUCACUACCGAUGGGAGUCCUUGGGGUUCAGAGUGAGCGCUUUCCGUCUAACCUGGAGGUUGAAGCUUCACCACAGGCUUCAAGUGCAGAGGUAAAUGCUUCUCCUCUUUGGAAUCUGGCCCACGUGAAAAUGGAGCCUCAAGAGAGUGAAGAAGGCAAUGUUUCUGGGCAUGGUGUGCUGGGCAGUGAUGUCUUCGAGGAGCCCAUGUCAGGCAUGAGUGAAGCUGGGAUCCCUCAGAGCCCUGAUGAGUCAGACAGCAGCUAUGGUUCCCACUCCACUGAUAGCCUCAUGGGGUCCUCCCCUGUUUUCAACCAGCGCUGCAAGAAAAGGAUGAGGAAGAUAUAAAAAGGAAAAAAGGAGAUUUCCUAUCUAGAAGUACUACAUACAGAAAACCUUGGUGUAUUAGAAUUUGUUUCCAUAAGCAGUGAUUUAAUUAUUAUUCCUAAUAAUACAAGGGACUUUCCUAAUUUCAGAGGAACUGGAUUUAACUAAACAAGGUUGCAUUUUACAUUUGCAGCCAAUUUUUAUAAUUUUUCACAACCAAGCCACUAUUCAUAUAAAAUAUGCUGGCAU